AGAAGCUUCUCUCCAUAAAUUGGAAGUUCUCACUUCGGUUUUCUUUUCACUUUCCCGCUUCCUCUUUUUCAUGUUUUUCUUUUCCAUUUCGCUCCAUGGUCGAACCCAGAGAGAUUUCACAUUCCUUUUAUUGAAAAAAGACUGAAUCUUUUUUUUUUUUUUGGCUGGAUUUACAGUUUGUGUUCGUUUUGGAGAAAAUAAAUGGGUUGUUGAAGUGAGAAGAGGAUGUCUGAAUUAAAAUUUGUUCUUUCUUGCAUUUUCUCCGCAGCCAAACUGGAGGUUGGAAGAAGAUGCUUUGUUGUUGAGAAGUGGAAAGUUUAAAAGUUAAAGUAAGUGAGAGAGUGAGAGGGAGGGAGUAAAGUUUGGUUUGAAAUUUUUUUUUUCUUGCUUUUUCUCGGCAGCCAAACAGGAGGCUGGAAUAAGAUGCUUUGUUUUUGAGAAGUGGAAAGUUUAAAAAUUUAAAGUAAUUGAGAGAGUGAGAGGGAGGGAGUAAAAUUUGAUUUGAAUUUUCUUUUUUUUUCUUUUUUUUUCCUUGCAUUUUCUCGGCAGCCAAACGGGAGGCUGGAAGAAGAUGCAAACGAGGUUUGUGGAGAGAUCGAGCAGUGUGGCGAGGGAGAAGAGGAGCUUGGAUUCAAGCUCUGGUGAUGAAGGAACUGAUAGGAAACGGCCUGCACUUGCUAGUGUAAUUGUUGAAGCUCUGAAGGUUGACAGUCUGCAGAAACUGUGCGCAUCAUUGGAGCCCAUUCUUCGCAGAGUUGUAAGUGAGGAAGUAGAGCGUGCUUUAGCAAAACUAGGCCCCUCCAAGCUUCCUGAAAGGUCUCCUCCUAAACCCAUAAAGGGGCCUGAUGGAAGAAAUUUGCAACUGCACUUUCGAUCCAGGUUGUCCCUCCCUCUCUUUACUGGAGGGAAAGUGGAAGGCGAGCAGGGUGCUGCAAUCCAUGUUGUAUUGAUUGAUGCAAACACUGGUCACAUUGUCACAUCUGGUCCAGAGUCCUCAGUGAAGCUGGAUGUUGUUGUGCUUGAAGGUGAUUUUAAUAAUGAAGAUAAUGAUAACUGGACUCAAGAUGAAUUUGACAGCCAUAUAGUCAAAGAGCGUGAUGGAAAGAGACCACUUCUAACUGGAGAUCUGCAAGUGACACUGAAGGAUGGUGUUGGGAUGCUGGGGGAGCUAACAUUCACUGACAACUCUAGCUGGAUAAGAAGCAGGAAAUUUAGGCUAGGGUUGACGGUUGCCUCAGGUUCUUGUGAAGGCAUUCGAAUCCGUGAAGCAAAGACAGAUGCAUUCACCGUGAAGGAUCACCGAGGAGAAUUAUACAAGAAACACUAUCCCCCUGCAUUGAGUGACGAGGUAUGGAGAUUGGAGAAAAUUGGAAAAGAUGGUUCGUUUCACAAGAGGCUAAAUAGAGCUGGAAUAUAUACUGUUGAAGACUUCCUGCAACUAGUAGUUAGAGACUCACAGAGGCUGAGAAAUAUUCUUGGAAGUGGCAUGUCAAAUAAGAUGUGGGAUGUCUUGGUUGAGCAUGCAAAGACUUGCAUUCUGAACGGGAAGCUUUAUAUUUAUUACCCUGAUGACGUGCGGACUGUUGGUGUAGUCUUUAACAAUAUUUAUGAAUUGAGUGGCCUAAUAGCUAAUGGACAGUAUUAUUCAGCUGAUUCUCUAUCUGAAGAUCAAAAGGUCUGUGUUGAUGCGUUGGUGAAAAAGGCAUAUGACAAUUGGAUGCAUGUGAUCGAGUAUGAUGGCAAGUCUCUGUUAAGCUUUAGCCAGAGUGACAGUGCAGGUGCUUCUGGGACCAAUGCUCCAUUGGGUCCACAAGAUCAUCACCAUCAUCCUAACUCAAUUAACCAGGAACACACUCUAUCAAGCCUAUCAGUUCCUGUUCCUCCAGAGCAGACUCUCAUGGAUUCUGGUCUAAAUGUUGGAGGUUAUAGUGAUGAUAUGGCUGCCAGACUAUUGAUGCAAUCACAGAAUGCAAAUCUUAAUGCUCCUACCGAGUUUAAUGGCUCUUCAUUGCCUCUACAAAAUCCAUUGAUUAAUGUUUCGCAGCAGGUCCAGUUUCCAGGAGAUGAGAAUGAGCUGGCCCUUCGUCCGCCACAAUUAUCCAUGUUGGGCACUCAUGAUAUAGGCACAUCGAGUUCUCCUAGUUAUAAAGGACUUGAGCAUUUCUUCUCAGAGGAAGAAAUUAAAAUGAGAAAUCAUGAUAUGCUCGAAGGUGAAGAUAUGCAGCAUUUGCUUCGUAUCUUUAACAUGGGAAACCAGGGAAUUGACCCCUUCAAUAUUACUGGCGAAGGUUACCCUUAUUCUUCUGGAUACUUGCCCAACCCAUCUCCAAACUACGGCUUUGAUAAUGAAGCCACUCGUUCGCCAGGCAAAGCUGUUGUGGGGUGGCUUAAGCUCAAGGCUGCCCUUAGAUGGGGCAUAUUCAUCAGAAAGAGGGCUGCUGAGCAGAGGGCUCAUCUUGUUGAGUUAGAAGAUUCAUAGAUUUAGUGUCAGAGACAAUCUAAGCUGUCUGACCUCUGAUGUUCCAUGGAUCCAAAUUCUGGCAUUUGGCUACCUCUCCUGUUGUACAGUAAGCUUUGCAUCUUAUCUCCUGCAAGUUACUAUCAUAACCAGUAGGGUUGGAGGAGUUUUAUCUGAAAAAUGUUUGUGGAUAUCAACUUCAACAAUUUUCAGGGAUAACUUUUCCUGGACUAGAAGGCUCAACAUCUUAUCAUCAACGGUUCACUUUCUGGAAUUAGGUCUGAGUUUAGUUGCAAUAUGUUGGCAGAGAUCCAACAAAAUAAAGUGUUUAUUUACUUCGUCUUGUAAGUUGUAACUCGAACAAUAAUCCGUACCAGUAUCAAUAACAUUACCGCAGCAAAAAUCCCAAUGCUGCGUAAUAAAACUUUCUGUUGUUA